AUGCCACACCCAUCACACGCAAAGGGCCGUCGCUUGAGUCUCAGCGCCAAAGCUGCUCCACAGGGUAGCUUCACCCAUUUCUUCACUUCAGAGCAACUCGAAAGUGGCAGUUUUUGUAUUCCUUCUGCUUAUGAAAGCGGCUAUGGAAAUACGUCUCCCACUCAGCCCAGUAGCUACGGUAACUACGCUCUUGGUAACAGCUACGGUCCUCCUCCUGCCUCGCCCUCGUACAUCUCCGCUUCGAACAGGAGCUUCUCCCCCAUGAUGCAAAACAGUAAUUUCUACGCUCCUCCUCCUGUUUCGCCUUCAUACAUCGGCGCGCUCAAUGCAAACUUCUCUUCGAUGCAAAUGUCUGACCCCCGAACGUUGUCGUCGACUCGCGGACAUUGUAGGACCUAUCCGGAGGCCAGGAAAUCAAGGGCGAUCCAUAAAUUGACGAAAGAGUUAUGUGGAAUGAUUUUCUUGCACUGUCUUCCAAAUGAAGGCUACACCAGGCCCAGCCGUCUUGCAGCUCCCUUGUCUAUCAGUCAGGUGUGCCGCCGCUGGAGGUCUAUUGCUCUGGAAUCUCCGAAAUUAUGGUGUUCCAUCCAUAUCAUGCGAAAUCUCAGAGCACGCCACUUUCCUAGCCCUGCCUUACUCAGCGCGUGGCUCACGCGUGCGGGAAAACAGCGUCUGGAGAUCUGCUUUGCACCUGAAGACCCUGAUGACCGCUCGCAUCGUACCCACGCAGCGGAAGUAAAGCAGAUCCUGGAUACACUGGUCUACUUCAUUGAUAGAUGGAGCGACGUCAAGCUUUAUACACGCUACGUCAAUAUGAGCAGUCUCAAACACAUUCCAAGCACUGGUGCACCCAGGCUGGAGUCUUUGGAACUGGUCGGUCCUUCCGACUUCAAAGAGUUUAGCACCAGAGUGUCCAAUAUUUGGGCAGCGUCUCCUCGAUUUAAGGAAUUUAAAAUGGAACACUGGGGUGCUCCCAGUACUUCACCCGGAUUUCUUUCCAUAUUUAACCUUCCUUUCCAACAGUUAACCAGUAUCUCCCUCUCCAGCACUGUGUCGGUCAUCGAAUGCAUCCGGAUGUUACAAUUCUCCCAAAAACUAGUCAACUGCGUGUUUGAGAACAUUUCGGUGGGUUCCUUGCCGCAUCCCUCGAACGCCAAGGUGGCCACGCUCCACAAUCUGCGUUCUCUCGAGCUCACCGUCGACCUUCUCGAAUUUGAUAACCACAGCCAGCAUAUGAUUCUUGCGCCAAUUCUUAACACCAUCAAGGCCCCGCGUCUUCAGAGCCUUCUUUUGGGAUCCGAAGAACGAUGGUCACAGCAGGCGUUCGACGCGUUCAUGGGAUGGUCUCAGUGUCCUCUUGAGAGCCUGACCUUAGACGUGGUUUCCUUAACUGACAAAGAUCUAGAAAAAUGUUUCCAUCGGGUUAGCAAUACUUUGACGCAUCUCAAGAUUCACACCGGAUCAGACCACCCAUCGCCUCUUCGUCCCGCCCUCCUCCAGAAGCUUUCAUUUGACCCGCGAGGGUUUUACUGCCCUUUCCUCAAGACUAUCAGCGUCAAUCGUCAGACCAUUCUGGGCUCUGACGGAGCGUUUGGAAGCAUGAUCAAAUCUCGCUGGUAUAAUCCGGGUCGGCGGCUUAGGAAAGUUGUCCUCGAAAUUGACACGAAGAGAGAACACUACCAUGACGUCCGACGCUUGGAAAAUAUGCAACGCGAAGGAUUGAAGCUUGAUAUAUCUGAGAGGGGUAAUGUGCUAUCCAGAUGCUUUUAUUAG